AUUGUUCACCGUGAUGUUGCUGCUAGGAAUGUCCUCCUCUUUGAUCGCCACAUUGUCAAAAUUUCCGACUUUGGUUUGGCCAGAAAAAUUGGCCAGGGUGAUGUCUAUGAAAGGACAAGAAAGGGACUACUGCCUAUUCGAUGGAUGUCUCCUGAGUCUUUGUUCUACAAUCAGUUCACAGAAAAGUCUGACGUCUGGUCAUAUGGAGUGCUACUUUGGGAACUCAUCACAUUGGGAUCCACUCCCUACCCAGGCUUGGAUGCGAACACAGUCCUGGAAAAGAUCAGAGAAAGGGAUCUACUUGUUUGUCCGCCUCAUUCC